AUGUCGGCUACACAACAUCAAGAAGCGACGGCUACCGAAUCAUCAGCAUCGGCUCAUACAACUAUUGCCGAAAACGUAAAAGUUCGAUCUGUUGUUAGUACAGAAACACAGUCAAAAGUAGAUACGGACAGUGCAGCUAAAAUGGCACUGUUAAUGUCAAGACUCGGUUCAACACAUUCUCAAAUUGAUGAAUAUUCAAAACAUCGUCAAGCAGAAAUAAGCGCCGAAGCUCAAAUAUUAUUACAAAAAAUUUUGUCAGAAACUCAAGCUGAGCAGCAAGCAUUGAUAGCCGAUGCUCAAAUUCGAUGUGAUGGAAUUGAAGAGCAAUAUAAACAAGGUUUACAACGACAUGUUGAUCAAUUAGAUCUAGAAAAAGCUCAGCAUCUCGCUGAUUUGGAAAAACGUUUGAAUGCACUACAAGAACAAAUUUUGGAACAGGCACGUCAGAACAUCGAUCGAUUAAAUGAAGAAGCAAAUGCAGCAAAAUUAGCAGUUCUGAAAGAGGCUCAACAUGCAGUCAAUGUCAAAGUUGAAGAGAUAACGGAUCAAGCUGCAAUACUUGGUCAAGAAGAUGCAGCAAGACAACUUCAAUCAACGACGACAACAGUGAUUACAACGCAAGCAAAAUCGGCUGCUGAAACACAUGUCGAAGGAAGCACAGUACUUCACAGUGCUACAACAACCUCAUCAACCAGUUAA